AUGAGUAACCCAACGAUUGUCUUCUCCCUUGGAGCCUGGGUGAUUCCAGCUGUCUUCGACGCUACUCGAGCCCGCCUGAACGCCGCCGGUUAUCCCUCCGAGUGUCCCCCGCAUCCUUCCAUCGGUGCCGAGCCCCCGGUGAAGACAUUGUCUGAUGAUGCUAUCUCUCUGAGGGAGGUCUUGAUCAGACUUGCCGAUGAUGGCCGUGAUAUUGUUGUCGUAGCUCAUUCCUAUGGUGGCAUUGUCGCUUCAUGUGCAGUCGAUGGAUUAAGCAAACAGGACCGUGUGAGAGAGGGUAAGGUAGGAGGUAUCAUAAGGGUUGUUUACCUUGCUGCCUUCACCUUGGACAAAGGACAAAGCCUCCUGGGUAUGCUUGGAGGAAACUAUCUGCCUUGGAUGAAGGUUGAGGGUGAUUACGUUCUUGCAGAUGGAGUAGGAGAGGUUGGAUGGCAUGAUAUCUUCUUUGAUCAGCAAGAGAAAUGGAACUCGUUAACUCUGCAUACUUCCCGUGCAGUCUUUUCGGGAGAGUCCACAUAUGAACCUUGGCAAGAAAUUCCCUGCGCCUAUAUCAUAUGUGAGGAAGAUCGCGCCUUGCCUCCAAGUUUCCAGGAGCUAUUUGCGUCUAAGAUGGGCGGCCCAGAAAAUACCUAUCGCUUACCAAGCUCACAUUCUCCCUUUUUGAGCAUGCCUGAUCGUCUGGUAGAUGUUUUGAAGAAGAGUAUCGAAGUUUAA